AUCAGCUACCCGCGACUUAACCUCGCGGCAGGCUGAGAGUGACAAGCAAAUUUUUUUACGCGAUUCAACGCGAAGCAGCGGCUUGCGACGCAUCGCUCUUUAACUCCGUGUGCUCGCGUAUCGAUAACAGUUUUAUUUAUUUUUACACAAAUGUAAAUAAUUUCGCGCUGUUACAGAGAGCGUAAAAAGUUUGAGUCCUCCCCGCGGUGUGAACGUAUGAUCGAUUAGCCUGGAGGCUGGAGGACAGGGUGAUUUUUAUGUUGCAAGACCAGCAUCGGCGGAACGUGUCGGGAAAAAUGAGCGAGACCGCGCCGACGAAUGACGUGCCUGAGAGCAACGGUGCGACGGAGCAGUCUGCUUACAACGGGGACGCGGAGGAGCAUGCUGCCAAAUCUCCAGUGAGUACGGAGGAGAAGGCACCGGAUUCGGUGUACGACAACAGUACAAAGAGAAACACCACGGCUACCGGCAACAGCAACAACACGCCGAACAGAACGAAGAAACGUAAGAAAGCCCCGAGAGACGCCACCGCACCGAGACAGCCCCUGAGCGGUUACUUCCUGUUCUUAAACGAUCGGAGAGAGAAGGUUCGAAGUCAGAAUCCAAGCUUAACGUUCACGGAGAUUACGAAGCUUCUGGCUGCGGAAUGGAGUAAAUUGCCAAUCGAUCAAAAGCAGCAUUAUCUGGACGCGGCUGAGCAAGACAAAGAGCGUUACAAUCGCGAGUUUAGCGAUUAUAAGCAAACUGAGGCGUACCGGCUGUUCAACGAAAAGCAAUCUGAGAGACAAAAUGAAAAUAAGAAGGAGAGAAACGGCACGGACGUGAACGCUGAACAGAAUGACGUUCAACAGGAUAAAGACAAUGACUUCACAGGUUUCGAUAUUCCCAUUUUUACGGAAGAAUUCCUGGAUCAUAACAAAGCCUGUGAGGCUGAAUUGAGACAAUUGCGGAAGGCUACGUCCGACUACGAAGCUCAGAACGCGGUUCUCCAGCGACACGUGGACAGUCUGUAUGCCGCCGUGAAUCGUUUGGAGUCCGAAACUAAUCAACAACGAACGACCAAUCAGGCUCUGCAGCGUCACUUGGAUUCUCUUCGUUCCCAACUGGCGGGUUGCUUCGCCACCGUAUCACUUCCAGGCACACACGACGGUGCCACGUUACAAAAUAUCGACAGUUAUUUCGAGAGAUUGGAGUCCCUGUUGAGCGGCAACGCCGAGCAGAGUCUACGUAACGCCGUACGUAGUGCCGUGUCCCGUCUCGAGUUAAUUGGAUGACGAUCGCCUCCGGGCAAUACUACCAGUGCGUCGUUGAAACACCACCGUUCGAGGCAUUCACAUCGAAAGUAGUGGAGAACAUUUAGGUAUUGUUUUUAAGCGGUUCAUAAAUUCCACCUACUUUAUAGCCUCACACGUUGAGACCGAUGAUUGCCAGUUAUAUUUAAGUGAAUUUACGUGUGUGUCACAUCUAAUUAUUAUUUGUAAUCUUUAUAGUAUACGUGACAAUAAUUUACAUUUUAUAUUUCAUUUGUAUACUUAAUUCGAACGAAAUUUCGUUUUGAAUAUAACAAUAAUUUCAAUUCUCCUACUACGUAUUUUAACUUGAUAUAAACUUAAACCAAUUUAAAAAAUACAAGAAAUUGUAUUGCAGUGUAUUACAUUACAAUAAAAUUUAUUAAAGAUA